GGCGGACGUGUGUGUGAGAGUGUGUGUGUUUGUGUGUGGGUGCUCGUGUCGCGCACCCAGCUAGCUAGCUUCCCCGCAGCCCUCCGCCUCCCACCUGCCCGCCCCCACACACCCACACGGGGACUAACUGUGAUCUGAGUGGCUCUUACAGAAGAUGCUGUUAUUCCUCAUAUAGCCAUGAGAACUAGUGAUCAAAACUAGGGAGGGAGUAGCAAGCUUUUACCUUGCAGCUCCAAGUGAAUCUCUUACACACAACUUUUCCCGCCCUAGAAGUGGCCGCCACUACAACGGAAAACAAAAGCGCGCACUGAUUAAUUGAAGACAAUCUCCGUGGGCGGCGCGCAGUGGCUGCGAGACGUAUUACUUCGAUGAUAGAUAUUACGGAGGAAACUUGAUACGAUAUCCUCCCACGUCCAUCACGCAAACACCCAACUCUCUUGCUUUCUCCCCCCUUCCCCGAAAAGGCAGAGGGAGGCCGCUCUUGCAAGAAAACAACAUUCUUGCCGUCUGGUGAUGUCACCAAGGGAAGAAGUCCGCAUCCGGACGAGCUGCAAUUGAUGAUCUGAGGUGACUUGAUUAAUCACUACAGAUGAAAACUGGAAACCAGGUCGUCUGACGAAUGGAAAAUCGUUUUGCACGGCGGUGGCUGACUUGUAUUAAAGGAUUUUUAUCCCCAUUGCGAGAUUCUGGCGUCAAGUUCUGCAGUGAUAAAGAGGGCUGAGGAUCUGUUGGCCCUGGUGUCUGGCUGUUUCACUUCCGUCACUCAUGCUGAAAUCUAUAUAUUUUUUAAUCGUUGGUCAUGCUAUUAUGAUACGUUACUUGAUCAAAAGUAAGCAGCAAUACAUAUCAUUCCGCAAUUGACAAAUUUGUACCAGUGAUCAGAAAAUUCUUCAGAGUUGGGAUUAAUCUCGUUAUGGGCAGUAGUGGUGGUGGAGUUAUCGAGGACGGUGGACGCUACUGAUGGAGGUUAGGGACCCAAGCCUCCCUGGAAGCGUCCUCCUUGAGGGCCCCUCUUCUGCAUGAGACAAGGGUGUGGCGAUGUGUGAUGAAGAGGUUGGGACGUGUGGUGGCGGCGGCGGUAUCAGUGGUGGUGGCGACGGGAGCAGUGGUUGUGGCGGCGGCGGCUGCAGCAGCGGCAGUGGUGAUGGUUGGUGUGGCGGCAGGUGCGGCCGCACACAGCUCCUGUCCCCCCAGCGAAUACACCUGUGAGAAUCUACGCUGUAUUCCCAAGGACCGCAUCUGUAACGGGCGUGACGACUGCGGGGACAGUUCUGACGAGAAGCCCAACUGUACCCCGUGUAACGUGACGUACAACGGAGAGGUGGGUCGCAGUUACGAGAUCGACCUUCAUGAAUCGAACUCCCUGCAGCCUCCCUUCACCUGUUACAUGACCUUCGUGGCGGCGGGAGACAUCUUCGGUGACUUGGUGCAGCUUGUCUUCCGCGACUUGGUACUGGGGUCCUUUAAGUCACACCACGUGUGCGGGUGUCCCCAAGGCCACUUGUCCGUUAACGAGCCUCACCGACCCCACAUCGGCGGCUUCUGGUGUGGGGGAAGCGGUGACCAUAAUGUUUAUUACAGCGAGACCAGCACCGUCACCGUCACGCUGCAGGUGCCUCAGCCGGAGCACGACACUAUUGGGGAGAAGAAGGUGCGACUUCGACUCAUGUAUAAGUUCUUGCUGGAGGCUGAGUCCAUCGUUAGGUAUGGUCCUUGGAACAGCGCCAAGUACCUUGGCGUGCCGCGCUCGGGAACCGUCUGUGACCGGAUUUUCGACUCUUGCGACCGACGUAAGUGCCGUGUGCAGUCACCCAACUACCCUGGCAUCUACCCUCGUAAUGUAACGUGCCAAUAUGUGAUCAGACAAGCCACGGUGCCCCACGGUCGCCACGCCCUGGUGAGUGUAGGUCAGCCCCAGCGAGGACGCGUGCAUAUUAAGCACACUGAUGCAGCAUGUGAUGGGAACUUACACCUAUGGCUGAAUGGUGAUUGCGACGUCGUAGGCGAUACUCUCAGCGUUUAUGAAAUUCAGGGUGAGAGUCGACGAUUGCUGAUGCGUUUCUGUGGUGGCGGUAAGGUGUCUCGCAUCACAGCUAGCGGGGCAGAACUCUUACUUGUCUUCCAGACUUCCCCUUUCGACAAUAUGUACUUCGAUUCAUCUGAAGGUACUCACCCUGGAUUCGAGCUGGACGUUGGAGUGGCUUUUGUACCUAAAAAUUCUUUCCUCUACGCUGACCAGGAGUGUGAGUUUAUAAUUUCCAGUUUUGAAGCAGCAAGAGGUCAUUUUGAAAACGUAGCUCAUUCACUGCCAAGAGAUAGUAAAUGUUCUUAUAAGUUUCGGGGUCGUCCAGACGAAGUAAUAUGGCUCUAUUUCACCCGCCUUAAGUCCAUCUACACCCAACCCCCGUCGCGCGACGGCCCCCAUUGUCGAACCCGUGUGAUGCUGGUCGAGGGAGCAGAUGCUGAUGGAGAGGUGCUGGAGAACACUUGUGGGCCCUUGGGCAUGCGGGUGUGUCACAGGGAGCAGCUCGGCCCUGGACGGAACAGGACGAGGCCGUGUGGACCUCAGGAGAGCUACUUAACAUCAGUUUCUUUUGCGACACUCACCAUACAUUAUCUACUUCCCUCAACGGUAGCAGACCUCGAGUUCCGUCUGCACUACGAGUUCGUGUACGCAGGACCGCGAGCAGCGGCACUUAACCUUCCUGAGCCCUGCGACCGACACAUUAACAGUGAGCGAAGCAAGAAGGGGCUCCUCGCCUCCCCCGCUAACAACUUGCUGUAUGGCAAGUUCGGGGCAACAAGACUUAAAUGUAAAUAUAGCCUCCAAGGCAAAGCCAACGAGGCAGUUAGGAUUACAUUUAUAUACUUUUAUGCUCACAAUUCGUCGUGUCCGGGACGGGAAUCACCGUUGCAGGCAUGUGGGAGACCCAAUGCUCUGGAAGGCCGUGGUGCUCGUCUUGAGGUUUCAGAAUGGCCCUGGCCAGGUGUAGAGCUCCCUCAGGCCUGUAUCUGUCAUGGCCUCUACCUCCCAGCAACCUUACUCUCUUACUCUGCCUCCCUUACUAUUACCUUUACUGUUGUAGGUAUGGAUGUGUUCGACGAUUUCUCACAUUUUAGCUUCGAACUGGAAUACGAAUUUGUUGAGAUAGAAGCGUGUGAAGAAGAUAGAAUAGUCACAGGUGAAGCUGGUACAUUAAGUCUGGCCCUUCGCCCACCUCCUGGGCCAUGUAGAGGACACCCGUGGCUUCUUCAACCCACUGCAAACCGCUUCUUGCUUGUUUCUGUUCCUGGUAAAGCUAUCAGGGGGGGAUUGCAAGUUGAAGCUCAUGGUCAUCUAGUGUCAUCAGAAGAUUCGGUAACACCUGCGGAAUGCCAGAGCUCUGAACUACACGUGUACCAGCCAGGUAAUCCUAGACCUCUGAGUGCUGUGUGUGUGUCUCCUGGUGCAGCUGAGACAGUCCAUGUUUUCUCUGAGGGUUUUAACGAACCUCUGUCGCUGGAUUAUCUCGGCGAAGCAGCGAGGUCUCUGGUGGUAGUGCUACUGAGUCGUCCCGCCUACCUCUCAGGACAGUCACAACAGCAACAAUAUAAGGCGGUUGAUAUUCGGUGGGUGGAGGCGGCGCCCCGCUGGCUGGCUACAAGAUGUGCCACAGAGUGUCCAGCUGUUCACGCUUGUAUCAGUGCUUCUCUCUUCUGUGAUGGGACAUGGCAUUGCCCAUCUGGUGCUGAUGAAGCUGUGGUAACCUGCCUGAUGGCUCUGUCUCCGUGGCUCUGGCUUACGUUUGGUCUUGCUGUCGGGUGUAUCUCAGUGCUGUCAGGCUGGUGGGGCUGGACGUUGUGGAAAACACGGCAGGCUCGCAACGCAACUAAUGGAUGCAGCGAGGAGGUUCUGACACCGGGCCACCACGAGUCUCCUCCAGAGCCCCCAGAGUAUCCUGACUGUAUCGACGUAGACUUCGAGACGACUGUCUGA